GCAGAGUCUUUCAAGGAACAAGGAAACGCGUACUACGCCAAGAAGGAUUACAACGAAGCGUACAACUAUUACACGAAAGCCAUAGAUACCUGUCCUAACAAUGCCAGUUAUUAUGGUAACAGAGCUGCCACACUCAUGAUGUUGGGGCGAUUCCGAGAAGCACUGGGAGACGCUCAGCAGUCUGUCAGACUGGAUGAUAGCUUUGUAAGGGGCCAUCUACGGAAAGGGAAGUGCCAUUUUUCCCUAGGGAAGGCCAUGGCUGCCAGCCGCUGCUUUCAACGAGUUUUAGAACUGGAUCAUAAGAAUACCCAGGCACAGCAGGAGCUGAAGAAUGCCACUACUGUGCUGGAGUAUGAGAAAAUAGCUGAGGUGGAUUUUGAGAAACGGGAUUUCAGGAAGGUUGUGUUCUGCAUGGAUCGUGCUUUGGAGUUUGCUCCUGCUUGUCACCGGUUCAAAAUCCUCAAGGCUGAGUGUUUAGCGUUACUGGGUCGCUACCCAGAGGCACAGUCUGUAGCAAGUGACAUCUUACGGAUGGACUCGACGAACGCGGACGCUCUCUAUGUGCGGGGCCUGUGCCUCUAUUAUGAGGACUGUAUUGAGAAGGCAGUGCAGUUCUUUGUCCAGGCCCUCCGAAUGGCUCCUGACCACGAGAAAGCGUGUCUCGCCUGCCGUAAUGCCAAAGCACUUAAAGCGAAGAAAGAAGAUGGGAAUAAAGCAUUCAAAGAUGGAAACUACAAAUUAGCAUAUGAACUGUACACAGAGGCACUAGGAAUAGAUCCCAAUAAUAUAAAAACAAAUGCCAAACUGUACUGCAACCGGGGCACGGUUAAUUCCAAGCUUAGGAAACUUGAAGAAGCAAUAGAUGACUGCACGAAUGCAGUGAAACUGGAUGACACGUAUAUCAAAGCAUACUUGAGGAGAGCACAGUGUUACAUGGACACAGAACAAUACGAAGAUGCUGUAAGAGACUAUGAAAAGGUUUAUCAGACAGAAAAAACAAAAGAACACAAGCAGCUUCUAAAGAACGCCCAGGUGGAGCUGAAGAAGAGCAAACGGAAAGACUACUACAAAAUCCUUGGGGUGGACAAAAAUGCCUCUGAAGAUGAGAUCAAGAAAGCUUACAGGAAAAGAGCACUAAUGCAUCAUCCAGACCGACACAGUGGGGCAAGUGCGGAAGUACAGAAGGAAGAGGAGAAGAAAUUUAAGGAGGUUGGAGAAGCCUUUACCAUCCUGUCAGAUCCCAAGAAGAAGGCUCGUUAUGACAGUGGCCAGGAUCUAGAAGAGGAUGGAUUGAACAUGGGAGACUUUGAUGCAAAUAACAUCUUCAAGGCCUUCUUUGGUGGGCCAGGUGGCUUCAGUUUUGAAGCUUCUGGGCCUGGAAAUUUCUUUUUCCAAUUUGGCUAAAAAAAACCAACCCCAAACCAAACCACACAUACCUGAUCUGCUUAUUUUAACCUUGAACACGGACAUACUUAGACUCCUUCCUUCAUCAUGUCUCAUUGUACUUAGAGCAGUUUCAUUUCUCGGUUGGAGACCUCUGUUUUGUGUGCUUUUGUGUGAAGAGGAAACCAGCUCGGGGAGGGGAAGGCUUGUGAACUUUGUUUUACUGUUAACUUUAUUAAAAAAAGAAAGAAAAAUAAAGCUUUGAAUCUGUUGGUCCCU